UUAGCGUGGGAACACGCAUGUCAACACGUGAAAUGGUGAAAGGAAAAGGGCGAAUUGGACGCUCAGCUCCUCGGGUUGUCGGCCUCGCGAUUACUAGAAAUUAUCGCCGUGGUUUUUCAUUUCCUCGGUUCCCCCCCCUCGUCUCUCGGUCGUACCCUUCCUCUUCCACGAUUCUCUGGUUCUUCUCUUUUCACUGUCCUCUCGGUCGUUAUCUGUAAACAACAAAAGCAACGGUGCUUCAGACGCGGCAGAUCCCUCUCUGACCGGAACUAUGGUAAGAGGAAGAGAUGCCUGCUGGGAGCACUGUGUUUUGGUUGAUGCAACAAGACAAAAGGUCAGAUGCAAUUAUUGUCAGCGUGAAUUCAGUGGUGGGGUUUACCGUAUGAAAUUUCAUUUGGCUCAAAUCAAGAAUAAAGACAUAGUUCCCUGCACAGAGGUCCCAAAUGAAGUGAGGGAAUUCAUUCUUAGCAUAUUAAACACUCCAAAGAAACAGAAGAAUCCCAAAAAGCUAAAAGUAGAUCGGGCAGCCAAUGGUCCACAAAAUAGCUCCUCUGCUAGUGGUGGUUUCCAUCCUAAUCCUGCGUCUAGUGGACAACGAGGUAGCACUUGCCCAUCUUUGUUAUUUCCUCGUCCCUCACCAAGUGCGCAACCAAUGGUUGAUGAUGCUCAGAAGCAAAAGCAAGAUGAUGCUGAUAAAAAGAUAGCACUAUUUUUCUUCCAUAACUCUAUUCCAUUUAGUGCUACUAAGUCUAUGCAUUAUCAGGCAAUGGUGGAUGCUAUAGCAGAGUGUGGUGUAGGUUAUAAAGCCCCGAGCUAUGAAAAAUUGAGAUCCACUCUCUUGGAAAAGGUGAAAGGUGAAAUAAAUGAUAAUUACAAGAGAUUUAGAGAUGACUGGAAAGAAACAGGUUGCACAAUCUUGUCUGAUUGUUGGUCAGAUGGUAGGAACAAAUCGUUUGUUGUAUUUUCAGUUACAUGUCCUAAAGGGACAUUGUUUCUUAAGUCAGUUGAUGUAUCAGGCCAUGCAGAUGAUGCUCAUUUCUUAUUUGAGUUGCUUGAGUCAGUUGUUUUAGACGUUGGUGUGGAAAAUGUUGUUCAAGUAAUAACAGAUAGUGCAGCUAGUUAUGUUUAUGCAGGAAGACUUCUCAUGACCAAGUACAAUUCAUUAUUCUGGUCUCCUUGCGCUUCAUAUUGUAUUGACAAGAUGCUUGAGGACAUCAGUAAGCAGGAAUGGGUGAGUACAGUAUUGGAAGAGGCAUUGGCCAUUGCAAGGUACAUAUAUAGCCAUGCAUGGAUUUUGAAUAUGAUGAGAAAGUUCACUGGUGGAAUGGAAUUGAUCAGGCCAAGAAUAACUAGAUUUGUAACAAAUUUCCUUUCCUUGAGAUCCAUUGUAAUUCAGGAGGACAAUUUGAAACACAUGUUCUCCCAUACUGAAUGGUUAUCAUCUGUAUAUAGUAGACGACCUGAUGCACAAGCUAUUAAGUCAUUAUUGCAUUUAGAUAGAUUUUGGAAGUCAGCACAUGAAGCUGUGAAUAUCUCAGAGCCCCUCGUUAAAGUUUUGAGGAUUGUAGAUGGUGAUAUGCCUGCCAUGGGUUAUAUAUAUGAGUUCAUGGAAAGGGCAAAGAUUUCUAUUAGAAUGUAUUAUAAAGGGAUUGAAGAGAAAUAUAUGCCAAUUUGGGACAUAAUUGACAGGAGAUGGAAUAUGCAGCUUCAUUCUCCAUUACAUGCAGCUGCAGCUUAUCUUAAUCCUUCUAUUACGUACAAUCCAAAUUUUAAGGUUGACAUAAAGAUGAGGAAUGGGUUUCAAGAAGCCAUGAUGAAGAUGCUUCCCGAGGAUAAAGAUAAGAUUGAAUUCACUAAGGAACAUCCCGUAUAUCUAAAUGCACAUGGUGCUCUUGGCAGUGAGUUUGCAAUCAUGGGUAGGACAUUGAAUGCUCCAGGUGAUUGGUGGGCAGGAUAUGGUUAUGAGGUCCCUACAUUGCAGAGAGUUGCAAUACGGAUACUAAGCCAACCUUGUAGCUCCCACUGGUGCAGAUGGAACUGGAGCACCUUUGAGAAUAAACAUGCCAAGAAACGCAACAGAAUGGAGCAGGAGAAGUUCAAUGAUUUUGUUUUUGUGCACUGCAAUCUCCGCUUACAGGCUAUCCGGCAAAAUAGGGAUGGAAAAUGUAGACCUAUUAUAUAUGAUGAAAUAGAUGUUAGUUCUGAAUGGCCAACGGAGUCUGAAUCAUCAUCCCUCCUCUUGGAUGAUUCAUGGCUAGAAAACCUUCCCUUUGACUGCAGAAGUAGCCCUUCAACUUAUGAAUAAACUGGUGAAAAAAAAAUAGGAAAAGGAAUUCAAUCAUGAUUGCACGUUGUUGUACAUUUGUUGUACUUUAGGCUUGCUAAUUGUUUAGAUAAUAUAGAAAUUCAGCAUCUUCACUCAA